AUGGCCCCAAUACUUCCGCCUAGAACCACCAAAGGAAAGAAUCAACCUCCGCCCAACUCGCCAUCAAAAAUUCCAACAGCCAUUUAUCCCACCGUUCCUCCACCCCAGAAACCCAAAAGGGUCUCGCAUGGACAUCUCUUCUCAUCCCACAACACCGCCCGUGUCACUUCUGCUGCCCGUACCACCACCCACACCACAUCCAAGGCUCCACCUUCCACAAAUAGUACUUCUAAUGCUCUUAAUACCACCCGCACCACUCCAACUACUGUCAAUACUACCCGCACUACCUCUAUUGUUCCUACCAGCACCCACAAUGCUCCCAACGCCUCCACCGUUUCCACCGCUGCCACCGCUGCCACCACUCCCACCGUUCUCACCGCUCCUAGGUUUUCUCCUCCCCGUCAAUCUGCCGCCGAAGAACUUCGCCAACGCCGCAAAGCCCGCCUACAAGAACUCUGCGCAGACAACAGCGUAAAUUGUCGCCACCUCUUAGAAGUCCUCCAACUGAUACCUCUGAACUGGAGUCGCGGCGAGCGCCCGGACCCGUAUCUGAAGAGCCUACUCGCGAAUCAGAUGAUACCGCACGAUAAAGAGUGUGAGCUUGCGCUUGCGAUUACGUUUGCAAAGGAGAAUUGGUGGUAUUUUGCGACAUGGCCGAAGGACGUAAAGAAAUUUGCGGAGUUGGAGAGGGACAAGAGGAGGAGGGAGUGGGAGCAAAGGCAGAGGGAGUGGGAGCAGAGGCAUUGGGAGUGGAUAGAAAAGUGGGAGAGGGAGAGGGGAGGAUAG